GCAGACCUCAAACCAGAGCUUAGUCCCGCCUGACGGCGGCGGCGGUGGCGCAUUAGGUCGGCUAGUGUUCUUUAUUCAUCUCUCCGACGGCGACGGCGACAUGAUGCAGCGUGUUCUCGCCCCCUCUCAAUGAAUCGUCUUCCGCAGCAGGAGUUGGUGUGCGGAGCCACCCCCGAGCCAGUCAGCCUGAGGAGAAGAGCUAACAUGGGCCAUGAAAGUGUGGUGCCAAGUCCUCUGCCGUUGCUUUCAUCGGAAGAUAUUACAAAAAAAAUCCCUAGAACUAUGGAUCAGAAGCUGGGGCACCUGCAAACCACUGCAACUGCUUCCCAACUUGGCUGCCAAUCUCAAGACCGAGCUACAAGUGGACUCUCCUUCCACGGUUGACAAGCUCCAUCAUUUCACGCUGCAGGUCCUUUUUUUUUGCAAGGCGAAUGAUAAAAUAUAAUCGCCACAUACCGACGAAGACUUGACCCCGCUGCAAGGAAAAAGUGGAUCCAUAUCUGUCCAUAUCUUGAUCACUAUACAUGAUUUCCAUUCCGACGACGACGACGACUUGACCUGGCCGCCGGCAAGUAGCUCUUGUCAAGAAUGUCCACUAGCUCGUGAAGUACAAGUGUAGGAUUAAACAGCAAGGCUCCAGCACUCGCCACCCACACCCACGCAAGAACAAACCAACGUACACUCGAGGAAGAAGAGCUCUCUCAAGUUCAGCCAUGGCGGACCUGACGGUCGGGCUGGCCAAGUCGGUGGUGGAGGGGACGCUGAGCAAGGCCCAUGCGGCGAUUCAGGAGGAGGCUAAGCUGCGGCAGAGCGCGCAGCGCGACCUGGUGUUCAUCACGGGCGAGUUCGAGAUGAUGAGGUCCUUCCUCAAUGUGGCCAACGCGGAGCGCGUGGAGAAUCCGGUGGUGCGGACCUGGGUGCGGCAGAUCCGCGAGCUGGCCUACGACGUUGAGGACUGCAUCGAGCUCGUCGUCCACCUGGACAAGGACAAGACGAGCUUCUGGUUCCGCCUCCGUCGGCUCUGCGUCCCCUGGGCUCCGGCGAGGAUGCCGGCGCUGGACCAGGCCGUGGACGAGAUCGAGCAGCUGAAGGCAAGGGUGGCGGACGUGAGCACCAGAAACGUGCGCUACAGCCUCAUCAGCGACACCGGAUCCAAGCCCGUCGUGCAGCAGCAGCUACCGGCCGCAGCCACCGGCGGCACGGUGGCCGCGGCCAAUAUGCUCGCCGAGGCCAGGGACGCCGCAAGGAGAGUGCAGGGCCUCGGAGGCGGCGACCUCACCCAGCUGAUCACCAAGAAUGUCGGCGCCGGCCUUCAGGUGAUCUCGGUGUGGGGGUCAGGUGGCGACCAUGGGACGGCCUCCAUUAUCAUGAAGACGUACGGUGACACAGAGAUCUGCAGUGACUUCACCUACAAGGCCUGGGUGACGCUCACGCACCCGUUCAGUCCCCAUGACUUGGUCCGGAGCUUGAUGCUUCAGUUCUGCCUAGAAGAAGAGCAAAGUAUGGAUGUCCCAACGAUGAUGCAGGCCACACAAGAAGUUCUCUUCAAGAACUUCCAGGAGAUUGUCACAGAGAAGAGGUACCUCGUCGUCGUGGAAGACCUGUCGAACAUGGCGGUGUGGCAUGCUUUCAAGAAGUUCCUUCCUGACAGGAGGAAAGGCAGCUGGAUCAUCGUGUCCACGCAGCAACCCGAGAUAGCAACCUUGUGCGUCGGGCACUCGUACCAGAUACUGGAGCUGAAGCACUUCUCAACCGAGCACUCCGUGUGUGCCCUUUUCAACAAGGGUUCUUUUGCCGAUGGAGAUAAUGCCAACAAACCAGUGGCGGAGGGUUCUCACAGUGAUGGCGAUAAAGGAAAAAAACCAGUGGUGGAGGAGUCUUAUUCCCUCGUUGGACGUGAUUCGCUAAUAGAUCAACUUCGUCAGUAUCCAGCAAAAGCACGUAUAAACUCAUGUCAAGUUAUGUCUGUAUGGGGGAUAGCUGGUGUUGGGAAAUCAGCUCUUGUCAAAAAUCUAUUUGAUCACACAUGUUACACGGGGCAAUUUGAAAAGUACAAUUGGGUGGAUGUACCUCAUCCCUUUAAUUUAAGGGACUUCCAUCGGAGCAUACCUUUGGACUUUCGUCUUGAAACACAAAGUUGGCUCAUUGUUAUUGAUGAUAUCAAGUCCAAACAGGAAUGGGACUUGAUGCAGAGUUCCUUGUUACCUAGAUCCUCCAGGAGCGUUAUUAUCAUCAUUACAACUGAAGCAAGCAUUGCUGCAUAUUGCUCCAGUGGGGAAGAGCUUGUGCUUAAUGUCAAAGGUCUAGAAGCUGCUGCUGCCUCAAGUCUCUUCGAAAAGGUAUGCAGGACUACUCCAUCAUCCUCAACGGUCCAGGAAGAUACGCGAGUAAAAGAACUUAUUUCCAAGUGUGGAGGUCUUCCCAAAGUGAUAGUUGCUAUAGCAGACGUAUUGAACAAACAGACGGUCACGUGGAUGAAUACUGUGGUUUCUUUGAAUGAGAGAUUUAUGCACCAUCUGGAGAGAAAGCCCGACUACAGUCUACGCGACCUAUUUGGUUGGCUGAAUUCCUACUUCAGUACUUGCCCAGAUUCACUCAAGCCAUGUAUCUUCUAUGUGUCAAUCUUUCCUCGAGACCACCCCAUUCGGCGAAGACGAUUAGUAAGGCGGUGGAUUGCAGAGGGCUACUCCAGGGAUGGUGAUGAUGACUCUGCAGAGGAUAGAGGGGAGAAGCAGUUCUGCGAGCUACUUGAUCUGAGCAUAAUUCAUCAGGUACCACACUUAGCGACGAACACAUUGAUCGACACAAGGAUGGUGCUGUGUCAGGUCAAUGGUUUCAUCCGCGAGUACAUCAUCCCGCGGCGGAAGGAAGAAAACCUUGUGUUUGAGCUAGGGCAUAAUUGUGUCCUAGCCACCGAACGCACAGGUCGCCAUCUUAUCAUAUUGCGCGACUGGAAUAGAGACAUAAUUGUGUUCGAGAGCAUGGAUUUUUCCCGGCUACGGUCACUGACAGUGUUUGGGAAGUGGGAACCAUUCCUCAUAUCUGAAAAUAUGAAGCUUCUUCGGGUACUUGAUUUAGAGGAUGCAGAUGGCCUAAAGUUUGAAGAUCUUGAGAACAUAGUAAAAUGGUUGCAUCGCCUCAAGUUCCUCUCACUUCGAGGACAGCGUGAGAUCCACCAUCUGCCAGGUAAUAUGGAUCAUCUGAGGCAGUUACAGACUUUGGAUGUCAGGGGCACCUCCAUAGUCAUCUUGCCAGAGAACAUCACCAAGCUACAGAAGUUGCAGUACAUUCGUGCCGGCAGCAGCGAUAUCCCAACAACAGCAACACCUAGUGCACUGAGUUGGCUACCAGAGUUCUGCAGAUGCAGUCGUGUAGUCGGUGUUGUGGUGCCUACAGGGAUUCGGAAACUAACGGCAUUGCACACGCUUGGCAUUGUCAAUGUGGCUGCUUCAGGAGGGAAGACCAUGGUGAAAGCCCUCAAGAAGCUCACCCAGCUGCACAAACUCGGAGUGUCCGGCAUCAACAGGAAGAACAUCAAGGAUUUCUCCUCUGCAAUCAAGGAUCAUGUCAAUCUGGAAUCCUUGUCAGUGCAUCUCGAUAAGGACAAUCAAGGUUGCCUGGAUGGCAUUGCUCUUCCUCUGGGCAAACUGCGAAGCCUUAAACUGUAUGGACUUAAUGAAAGCUUGCCACAGGGGAGUGAUCAGCUUAAAAUGCUCAGAAAACUGGAUCUAGAGAUGCACACCUUAUCACAAAGUGACAUUAAGUUACUUGGCGAGCUUCCAAAACUAUGUAUUCUACGCCUUAGUGUCAAGCAGCCCAGCCUCAAUUUUAUCUCCAAACAUGAUGCAAGUGAGUUGUUCAGCUAUGAAAAGGUUAAGAUCCUCGAGAUUUCUUGUAGCUCCAGCUUAUUAUCUUUGGAAUUUGGCGCAAAGUCGAUGAAAACUCUUGAGCUGCUCAAGCUUGACUGCUCCAGCGGUACGCCAUAUGAUUUUACUACUAGCAUGGUUUUUUUAUCUGAGCUCAAGGAAGUCUCGCUUAUUGGUAUCCAUGGUGAAACAUGCAAGACUAAUCUGGCGAACAAACUUUGUGACUACACAAAGAAACCUGUUCUGAAGGUGGAGGAACUACCACGUUCAUCCUGAAUGACUAUUUUUUUAUUAUCUCACUAAUUCUUUCUUACCUAGCAAUUGCCCGCUCCUGUAGGGUUUGUAUAACCUUUUUGUACAUGUUAUGUCAUUUUUAUUGACUGCAUGCAUGUAUUCGUCACAAUACAGCUAAAGAGCUUUGAUUAAGGGAGUAUUUAUUGAAGCAAAAAAUCGCA